UAGGAGUUUGCACGGAGACCCCCCCUGCCUCUAUCAGCCUCACGCUCAGACCUGUGAGCCCUCUGCAGGAUCAUUUUCCACACCCAGAGCUCACCGAUCCUUCUGCAGCCAUGAAUUAUCUGCGCCGUCGUCUCUCGGACAGCACUUUCAUCUCCAACCUGCCCAAUGGCUACAUGACAGACCUUCAGAGGCCCGAUCCGGCUCAGCCUCCUCCACCUGCUUCCUCCACCGCCGCCAAGUCCCCUACAGCUGGGCCCGCACCGCCAGCCGCUUCCCCUGCUGCUGAGAGAAAACCUCAGCCUUCACAGUCAGCCGGAUCGGGCUUCUUCAGCUCCAUCACCAACGUUGUGAAGCAGACAGCCGCCUCAGCGGGGCUCGUGGAGCAGACCCAAGUCACGACACCCAAGAAGUUUAAGAUUCUCCUUGUGAUCGACGAACCACAGCAGGAGUGGGCAAAAUUAUUCAGAGGAAAGAAAGUCCACGGGGAUUAUGAUAUCAAAGUGGAACAGGCUGAAUUCAAUGAGAUCAACGUCGUUGCUCACGCCAACGGAGUCUGCAGUGUGAACAUGCAAGUGCUCAGAAAUGGCACCAAGGUGGUCAGAUCCUUUAAGCCAGACUUUGUCCUCAUUCGCCAACACGCCUUCAGCAUGACCCAGAACGAAGAUUUUCGCAACCUGAUCAUCGGUCUGCAGUACGGCGGCGUCCCGAGCAUCAACUCCCUCGAGUCCAUCUAUAAUCUUUGUGACAAGCCGUGGGCCUUUGCUCAGCUUAUCAACACGUGCAGGAAACUGGGUGCUGACAAGUUCCCUCUCAUUGAACAGACCUUUUAUCCAAACUACAAGGAGAUGGUAAGCAUGCCAUCGUUCCCUGUUGUUGUGAAGAUUGGACAUGCCCACUCCGGAAUAGGCAAGGUGAAAGUGGACAAUCACAGUAAGUUCCAGGACAUAGCCAGUGUUGUGGCCCUUACCCAGACUUACACCACCACAGAGCCUCUUAUUGACUCUAAGUACGAUAUCAGAAUCCAGAAGAUCGGCACUGACUACAAAGCCUACAUGAGAACGUCUAUAUCUGGUAACUGGAAGACCAACACAGGCUCUGCUAUGCUUGAACAAGUGGCCAUGACUGAUCGGUACAAGCUGUGGGUCGACACCUGCUCUGAGAUUUUCGGCGGUCUGGACAUUUGUGCAGUUAAAGCUAUACAUGGGAAAGAUGGCAAAGAUUACAUCACAGAGGCGGUGGGUUCCUCCAUGCCGCUGGUUGGAGAGCACCAGGCUGAGGACAGGCAGCUGAUUACCGAGUUGGUUUUGGCCAAAUUGAACCAAUUAGCCGAAAGAGAUGCUAACGCUCCUCAGAGACCCACCACCAUACAACCAUCCCAGGGAACUGGUCAGAAGGGCGAGAUCAUCGGUGAACCCACCAAGAAUGGUGCCGGGCACCCCCCUCAAGGUUGUUUGCAGUACAUUCUCGACUGUAACGGCGUUGCUGUGAGUCCAAAACCAGUCCAGGCCAACUGAAACCGACCCACGAGAGGAGUACUAUCAGAGUCUAGGUGACGAAGUGUACCUUAGCUGAACACGAGUGCAGACGGGUGUGGAUGCUGUCAGAUGUAGAAUCAGAUCUUUUAAGGGGGGGAGGGCGCCGGCCUGGACUGUUUUUGUUUUGAACUCUAUGCAGUGUCCGAUCGUUCCGUCACCUGUUCACCUGUUGAUUUGUGUGCUCACCCGUGUUCUAGUAGCUGUGGUUUUUCUUUGGAGCUGUUGUUGAUGCUGUUAAAUGAAGAUUGUGCCUCCACUGAGUUCAGUGCUGCUCUGUGCUGCCCGUUUGACCCGGCUGUGAGCUUUUCAUUUGCUCUGUGGUUUUGUUUAUUUUUAUUCUUACUCUUAUUUUGGUGUGUACCUCUAGAUAUUCCUCAAACUUUGAACAUACCGUAUAUCGUAAUACGUAUAACGAUAAGUGGGUGUGUAUGGCUGUAGUGGUGGUUAUUUUCAUACUAAUACUGAUAGAUAUUUAUUUUUGUUUUUGCAUGAUUGAUACAAAGCCAGGCGCAGGUUAUAAACGUCUGACCGUGUGGUACGUAUAUCCAACAUGGCCGUUACAUCGCUGUGUUUUUUCUAAGCUGUGUUUCCUGUGAGUCAUGCAUUGUAAAUGUGCAAUAAGAUAAGACUUUUACACACCCGAUAGGUACAUGCAGUAUUUUUUAUUUUCUAUAACUUCCAUCUCCCAAUCUAUAUAAAUAAAUAAAUACCACUAGAAGAGUUUAUUUAAUCAUAGAUGCCCACAAAGAAGUACAAUUAAAAGUUUAUUGAAGAUUUUAUCGUGUAUAGUGACGUGCAACCAAAGAACAUAGUUAAGUACUUUUAGUCUUUGCACUCCAGUAACCCACGAUGUAAAUACCAGUGAGGGGACUGGUAAUCCUGCACUAUUUCUUCAAAAGAGCGGUCCAAGACGUGCACAACCUGUUUCAAACUGCCGAAUAAAGAGCAAACACCGGUGAAGCGAUGCUGUAUUUUACCUCUUGUUGUCCGUUUUGGGUCCAGGUAUGUAGAAACUGAUUUUAUUUUUUCUUAAACUAAAACAUGCGUGAUGUAGAUCUGCACCACAGUGCGAGAUAUAGUGUCCCCUCCACACACAUCGCCCCCCGAGGUUUUCUCACGCUAAAUAAUAGCUUUUAUCUUGUGUUCCCAUGACAACGAUGCAUGAGCUCCCGAGGUUUCAGUGUGGACUGCUGUACUGUGCUCAUGUUACUGCCAUUCCUGUGAGUCGAUGGAAGGUGCAAUAUAAAUCUGUUGUUUCUUUUCUCUCUCGGUAAUAUACUAAGAAUAAAAUCAGAUCUUCCGAUAAUUCAUUAAAAUAGCUAUACUUGCCCCACACCUUCUUAAAGAAUGUUUGUUUUACCACUUUUAAUGUCUCAGUCACAUGUUUUUUGUCCAGUGGCUUUUGUAGAAGCCCUUUUCUUUGAUCGAAUAACCUAAAUGAUGAAACAGCUAAAAAGCAACAGACUUACCUGUGGAAUGAAAAGAACGAUAUCAGUGCUGUCCUUCAAGAGUUUGCUUCUAUAAAAAGUCAUCCUGCGAGCUCUGUGUGCGGUUCUUUCCUAAUUUGUAUCAAGUGCCAUUGUAUCUGUGAUUGUAUCCUCGUGAAAAGCCAUGCCUGAGGCUUCAUGGAAGUGUUGUUCUGUUUUAUAGGAGAUAUGCCAUGACACUGAUGUGCAGAGGUACCCCAGUUAGAGAGAGGGAGUUGAACAUUUGCUCAGUUUUACCUGGGCCGGGCCGACCUGGCAGACUACAGAACUGUGGUACCUUUAAAACCAACGGCGAACA